ACACAUUUGGGGGAAUCAUUUUGUUCCGCUUGCUGUCCCGUGCAUUUAGAAAACAUUACGAUAACUUUAUAGUGUUAGUUCGAUUAACAUAGCAGAGGCAAAUCCAAAUUUCGGAUGGAGCGGUUUUGAAGCACUUCUGCAUGGAUUCUUUGCCAAAAGUUAGCCGUGAGUGUGCUGUGCAAACUGGGACACGCGCUCUUGUUUCCAUAGAAAUGUACAGGACGCUCUGAUACUGCUGUGCUGCGCGCCGCUCUGAUCAUUCAUCAAGACUUGACAAAAACAGCAAGAUGCCGUUUUAUGACAAUGUCUACUACCCGUACCCGUCAGAUCCUCCGGGAACUCAUUCCUCAGCAGGGCUCCCAUCCCUCCUGAGCUCUCCACAGAGUCAGCCCUCGUCCGGGAGCCAGAACAGACCAGCGACCACAUCUGCCAUGUCCGGACCCCUCACCUCCUCUGGAGUCGCAACCUCCAUCAGCAUCCCCCCACCCUUCAAAUUCCGAGUCCGCCGUGAAAACGUUGACUGGCGUCGGAUCAAUGCCGUGGAUGUGGACAGGGUGGCUUGCGAAUUGGACUUCCAUGCUUUACAGGAACACAUCACUGCAGUGACAUUCUGCAACGUGGAGGGCGAGCGCUGCCACCGCUGUCAGAGUCCCGUGGAUCCGGCCCUGAUUAAGCUCUUCCGGUUGGCCCAGCUCACAGUGGAAUACCUGCUCCAUUCCCAGGACUGCCUCAGCGUUAGCCUGCAGGCAGCCGAGGAGAGGCUGCUGGUGGAGGCGCGAGAGAGGGAGCAGCUCUGCGUCCAGCUGCAGACAAAAACCCAGGAUGCCAAAGCCUUAAAGGAGGAACUAAAGCAGAGGAAGAAGAUCAUCGCCUCUCAGCAAGCCAUGUUUAGUGCAGGGAUCAGUGCCAAUUACCACAAGUGCCAACAUUGUGAGAAAGCCUUCAUGAACGCCUCUUUCCUUCAAAGUCACAUGCAACGCAGACAUCCAACGGAAUUUGACAUCAAGCUGAUAAUAGAUAAUCAGAAAAAAAUUCAAACCAUGAAAUUGCAAGAUGAGAUCAACAAACUGCAGGAGCAGCUGACACUGGUCACAUCCCAAAUGGAGACGCAGCAGAAAGAUUACUCUGCCAAACAGGAGAAAGAGCUCAUUCAAAGGCAGGACGAGUUUAAGAGACAGUUGGAAAUCUGGAAAGAAGAUGAGAAAAUACGGAUGAACAGCAAAAUAGAUGAAGUGAAGCAAGCGUGUCAGCAGGACAUGGAUUCCAUCUACCAAAGGAAUAGAAAUCUAGAAAAUGAGCUGAUGAAAUUGAAGCAGAAAAAUAUGCUGGAAAUCACACAGCCAGUACAGACACAACCCAGUGCACCAGCUAGCAGUGAACAUUGGCAGGAAGUAGUUAAACUUCAACAAAAACUCCACAAACAAGAAGUGAAGUGGGCAGGAAAAAUGCAAAAAAUGAAGGAGGACCAUGACAAUGAAAAAAGUCUGCUUCAGGAGGAACUCUCCAAAUUGCACUCUGCUGUGUCAGAAGGGAGGGAGGAAUCGCGGAGACAGGUGCAGGAGCUGAGUCACAGACUGCAGGAGCAGCAGCAAAUUGUUGCCUCCCAAAGCAAAAAGAUGAAACAGCUCUCAUCAAAGCCACCAACAAUAACUGUACAACGGGAUGUGGCUGCUGCCCCGGCUCCUGAGAUUAAAGCUAAAGUAGUGGUCAGUGAGCAGUACAACUUAGUCCAUAAACUGGAUCCUAUAGUGGAGCUGUCUGAGGAAGAUAAAGAUUCUUCUAGCUUCUCUGAAAGUCACCCGGAGAGCCAUUCAUGGCAACAAGGAGUGGAGGAGCUGUUGAAGAACCCGGGUUUGAGGAGAGACAUGCGUCUGGCAGCUCAGCAGAACCUUGAUGAUAGACUACUGAGCUUGGGCAUCAAGGGAGUCAGUGGUCUCUCUAAUGGGGUUUAUAAGAACGCCAUGGCUCAGAUUAUCACUGACCGUCAGAAGAGACAGGAAGAGGAUCCAGCAUAUCGGAGGGCACAGAAAGACAUCAACCGUAAACUGGAACAGAAAGUGAAGGAGAGGAACACAGAGCAACCAGCCAAACCCAAACAACAAGAUCAAGUGGUUCAGUCCAGACCCAGAUCCAGCAGUUUUCCUUCUACAGUGACUCGUGUUGUGUCAGGGCCUGCUCCUAAACAUCAGCACACUCCACAACCAGCUCCACGUAGCAGAACCAGCACCCUGCCUAAGACCUCCACACCACUACAGCAUAGGAAGUAUGGACAAACUGGAAUAACCCCUCCAUUCAGCUCUGAUGAAGAAUCAUCUGAGGAUGAGGAGUCUGAGGAAGAGGCCCCUCAAAUGCAGAAGAAACCUGCCCUGGUCAACAGCACCCCAGUCAAAGCCCAUACACCAAAUCAGCGCUCGGCCCCUCACACUCCUGCUGUGCGCUCUGCAGCUCCUGUGAUCAGUGCGGACCAAAAAAACAUGACUGCUCUGAGCGAGAGUGAUAGUGAGUGGAGCGAUGGCAGUGAGAUGGAGGAGCUCAACCUCUCACAGCUGCACAAACACACAGACCAGAAUGGAAAUGUGGAAAAGAUCACACACAGUAAUGUUAAAGCUCUUGGCAAAAGCCUGGAAAGACAGCUGGCGGUGCGAGGCCCAAAGAAGCCAGCAGGGAGUGUUAAUACAUUCCUGGAAAAGCCAGCAAUUGUCAAGAAUCUAAAGCAAGAUGUAAAGAAAGAAGCAAAGUACACAGAUGAAGAUGAGGAUGAUGACUGGGAUAUAUCUUCUCUGGAGGAUGUGCCCGCUGUACCCAAACCCAGCCGAAGCCCUGCCCCAAUCAGGAAGAGCCUGGACAAGAGUCUGGACACCAGCACUAGUGUGUGGGGCUCAUCGACAGGCAAAGGACAGAAACCAGGUCUCACAGAUGCAGGCACCGGCAGCACACUCAAGAGCAGUUUAGUGACUGUCAGCGACUGGGAUGAUUCAGAUGAGAUCUAAUUACUUGGCCAAUAAGGGAAUCUAGCAAAGCAAUACCAAAACAUAAACAAGCUAAUACACCUUAUAAUUGUAAAUAAUUAUAAUAUCCAAUAUCUCUUGUAUCUCAGGCUAAGUGACUUUUCAGGGACAUCAAUACAAAAACAGCUUUUCAUUCCUUAGAAAUGUUUUUGAUAAUGACAGUGUUAAAGGUACUUUAUAUGAAAAAACUGAAGUACAGGUUUCCUCAACAGCCAAGCAAUUUUGCACUUUAAAACUAUAGCCUCAUGCUUUGUCUGUUUUUUUGUGUUUUGAUAGUUUAUGUAUUAAAUGUCUCACUGCAAUUAAAAUAUAUAGCUUCAAAUUGACAAGAUUUUUAUAAUAUGUAAAAUAUGGAUUUAUUAAAUUCACUUUUUCAAUGUAAGAUUUGUCUUUGCGUUUACAGUACAAACACUCUUGGAUUAGAGAAGGGCUCUUUUUGUUUAUGACAGAGACAUGUCAACAAGUGCCUUUUUUUUUUUUUCAAAAAAUUUUUGGGUAGCUCAGCAAGUAAAUACGCUGACUACCACACCUGGAGUCACAAGUUUGAAUCCAGGGCGUGCUGAGUGACUCCAGUCAGGCUUCCUAAGCAACCAGUUGGCCCGGUUUCUAGGGUGGGUAGAGUCACGUUGGGUUAACCUCCUCGUGGUUGCCAUAAUGUGGUUCUCGCUCUCGGUGGGGCGCGUGGUGAGUUGUGCGUGAUGCCGCGGAGAAUAGCGUGAGCCUUCACGCGCGCUACGUCUCCGCGGUAACGCGCUCAACAAGCCACGUGAUAAGAUGCGCGGAUUGACGGUCUCAGACGCGGAGGCAACUGAGAUUCAUCCUCCGCCACCCAGAUUGAGGCGAGUCACUACACUGCCACGAGGACUUAGAGCGCAUUGAGAAUUGGGAAUUCCAAAUUG